GGAAGGCAGGCGAGGAGGAGGGAACGCCGGGGCGCGGGAGGGAACAGCCGUGUGGUGGAAGCGCGAGCCGAAGGCGGGUUGCGGUCGUGAUUUUGUCGCCGCCGCCGCCGAGGCUCGCCCGGGGAUGUCUGAGUCCGCGCCUCGCGGCCCCCGAGCUUCACGCGGCAGUCGCCGCCCGGGCCUCUAAGGGCCGCCACGUCCCGGCGGUGCGCGCGCGGGCUCAGGGAGGCUCGGUGCCGGCGGGGUUGCCCGGGGAGUGCCGGGGCGGGCCGGGAGGGGCUGCCCAGGCUCCGCGCCUACCCAGCACCGCGGCCGGCGCCCGGCCAGGAGGAUGCGCGGCGCCGGGCUCUGAAGCAUGGAGGGGGUUCUGUACAAGUGGACCAACUAUCUCACAGAUUUCUGGAGAAGGCUCUCCUAGCAAAGUGGGAUUGCGGCAAGAACAUUUUGGGUUGGCAGCCUCGUUGGUUUGUUCUAGAUAAUGGAAUCCUGUCCUACUAUGAUUCACAAGAUGAUGUUUGCAAAGGGAGCAAAGGAAGUAUAAAGAUGGCAGUUUGUGAAAUUAAAGUCCAUUCAGCAGACAACACAAGAAUGGAAUUAAUCAUUCCAGGCGAGCAGCAUUUCUACAUGAAGGCGGUGAACGCGGCGGAAAGACAGAGGUGGCUGGUUGCUCUGGGGAGCUCCAAAGCCUGUUUGACUGAUACUAGGACAAAAAAAGAAAAAGAAAUAAGCGAAACCAGUGAAUCACUGAAAACCAAAAUGUCUGAACUUCGCCUCUACUGUGAUCUCCUAAUGCAGCAAGUUCAUACUAUCCAAGAAUUUGUUCACCAUGAUGAGAAUCAUUCAUCUCCCAGCAUGGAGAACAUGAAUGAAGCCUCUUCUCUGCUUAGUGCCACGUGUAAUACAUUCAUCACAACACUUGAGGAAUGUGUGAAGAUAGCGAAUGCCAAGUUUAAACCUGAGAUGUUUCAGCUGUCCCAUCCGGAUCCCUUGGUUUCUCCUGUGUCACCUUCUCCUGUUCAGAUGAUGAAGCGUUCUGUCAGCCAUCCUGGUUCUUGCAGUUCAGAGAGGAGUAGCCACUCUGUAAGAGAACCAGUAUCUACACAUCACCGACUCGCCCAGCGCCGCCGAAGAACCUACUCAGAUACAGACUCUUGUAAUGACAUUUCUCUUGAAGACCCAGAUAGACCUGUUCACUGUUCAAGAAAUACACUCAAUGGAGAUUUGACAUCAGCAACAAUUCCUGAAGAAAGCAGACUUAUGGCCAAAAAAAAAUCUGAAUCGGAAGAUCCUCUUCCAUCCUUCUCUUCCUGAGGAAACGGAAGUGUCCAACUUCCUCUAAGUAUUGCUAUGCAAAAGCUGCUGUAAUUAAACUAUGUUAUAGGGAGUAGUUUUUCCCUUAGGAUUUCUCUGCACUUUAUAGAAUACUGUAAAACAAACAACAACAAAAAAACAACCCACAUACCUUUGAAGUGUAUUUUAUCUUUAUAUAGUUUAUUUGCAAGAGUAUUUUCCUAAUAACUUCACAGUAUGAAUGUGCAUCUUUUUUUUUUUUUUUUUAAACAAAUGAUGGUGUAACAUUUUGACCUCCAUAAGGACAAAUGUAGAUAUUUUUCUAAAAAACUGUGAGGGACUGACAGAUGAGUCAGUGUGUAUUGUAGCUUAUAAACAUGAAAUCUUAGAAACAUAAGGUUUCUGUUUGACAGAAGUGUGAUAUAUGUAACUUGUGCCAUGGACCAGACGGUCACUUUACCCCAGCUAAAAAUGAGUUAUGAUAGCAGCUUGAUGGAGAUUCUAUUGUAUUCCUUUAAGCAAAAGGAAACAUUUAAUAUUCUAAAUAUUUUUAGCCCGAAUACCGUGACAUAUUGAGGAUUUUUUAAAAACCAGACUGUGCUGUCCUUCACAUGUGAAGUUGACACUACUGAUUUGUCAAUACCAAAUGUUGGGUUAAAGUAUUUAACUUUUAUUUAUUUAUUUUUCUGUUGCAUCAAAAAAAUGAUUGCAUCCUAACUUUUAUGACCUACCAAAUUUAAGAUGUGUAUACAUUGUUAUUUACAUUGUUCUAGAAAAGAGGUUAAUUUGUAGUGACCUUGCUCACUUAUACCAGAGAAAUAAAUGCCUUUCAAUGGAAGAGGAUUUUAGUGCUUUUUUUUCCUAAAAUAGACAUUAAGCUGCUGUUGUAAGGUAUUAAUGUUUGCAGCUGUAGACUAUCUAGGGACAUUUUUUAAUUUAUGACUAUUUAUACAAAAAAGGAAUUCUGUCAAGGUGACUGCUCUACAUCACUUGAGAAUGGCAUUAUUUAAUUAAAGAACGAAUAGCAUUUUUUCUAUGCCUGUCCAUACCUAUUGUCAGUGUUUGCCUUGUAAACUGUUUUUUUUUUUUUAAUUCAUUUUGGAGGGAUGGUUUUGUCCAAGGUCUUGGAUGAGGAGCACUUUAAAACAAACUGGUUUGGUGUUUUUAAGUUAAUCACAUGUUUAAUAAAUAUAUGGUUUUUGCAUUCAAACUCCUCAUAUAAUACAUUGUAUUUUUUAUAUUAUUGAUACUCUGUCUAAUCUUUAUCAAGUGCUGUUAGUGUUCUUUAUUGCUUUGGUUUUGUUUGUAUAUUUUUUUGGUUUGUUGCAUAUUUUUUGAGGCAUAUUUUUUGGUUUGUUGCCUAUGAGCUUAGACUAGUGUGGCCUAUUUCACUUUAAAUUUUUCUCGUAGGUUUAUGUAGGACUUUUUUAAAAGAGUUAAUAUUUGCUAUUUACUUCACUAAAAAUAAAUCUGUAAUUAUAAGUUUAAAAUGGACAUAAACAAUCUAAAUACAUUAAUAUUCAUUUAGAUAAACUGUAUGCUACUUUAAAGUAUUUGUGAUUUUAAAUAGCACACAGAUCAUUAGACUUAAGUGGAAUUUUUUUCUGCUCAUAUGUUGUAUUUCAUAUGUUUGAUUUGAGAAAAUUUUAAUGAUGUAAGUUUCAUGUUGAGUGAGUAAUCAGAAUUUUUGCUUUUUUUUUGUGGUAGUAAGAAUUUGCAUAGUGAUUAGAUCAUGAAAGUCAAGGUGCUACUGAUAGGGCGUUUUCAGUUUGGUAUUUUUUUUGUUUUGAACCAGUAGGUUUAUAAUGAAAACACUAUACCAGGCUUUUGAACUCAUAGGAAAUAAAUCCAUUUUUUAUUGCUUUAUCCAAAAAGAUGAGUUCUUGAAUAGUUUUCUGUAAAUAUUUUUUAAAAUAAAAUACUAUCAUUUC